AUGGGGAUUGCUAAUUCUAAAAAACUUCUUGAUAAAAAUAUCACAAAUUGGUCUGAUAAAGAUGUUACGAGCUGGUCUGAUGAUCAAUUCAUGACAUUAAAAGAAACAAUUUCACAAUAUAUUCCCUUAAUUCGUUAUUAUCAUAUUCCUAAGAGUUAUAUUGAUAAGCAAAUUAAGCAAUAUCGUUUAGAUCCUAUAUUAAGUAGAGUAAUUAUGAGAAGAAAUGAUAAGGCUAUUUGGAGUGAUAAAUAUCAUGGGCCUUGCUUUGGAACUUUAGAUUUAUGUAUGGAAUCAAAUCGUUGGACCAGUGUAUAUGCAGAUUAUUGUUGUAGAAUAACUAGUUUAAACCGCUUUACUGUUGAAGAAUAUGAAGUUUUAGCAUUUGAAAAUUUUAACUCAAUAAUAAGUGAAUUUAUUUAUGGUUUUGGUCAUUGUUUUAGAAUAAUGAAUACAGUAGGCGAAUUUUGGAUUCUAGCUAUACCACUUAUGUUUUUA